AUGGUUGAGGGAGUUGUGUCAUUUGGAGUACAAAAGCUUUGGGAGCUCCUGAGUCGAGAAUCACACCGACUACAGGGAGUUGAAGACCAAGUUUCUGAACUAAAACAUCAGAUUGGAACAUUACAGUCAUUGUUGGAAGAUGCAGAUGCCAAAAGACUUGAAAGUAAAAGGGUGAAUAACUUCUUGGAAGAUGUCAAAGACAUUGUUUAUGAUGCUGAGGAUAUAUUCGAAACUUUUCUUCUUAAAGAAGAAAGAGGAAAAGAAAAAGGGAUCAGGAGGCGUACGAAAAGAUUUGCGUGCUUCUUAGUUGACCUCCAGAAAAUGGGUUCAGAUAUAAAAGACUUAACUAUGAGAAUCUCUGAAGUGGUUGGGCGUAUGCAGGGUUUUGGGAUCCAACAGAUCAUCGAUGGUGGCCAUUCACCAUCUGUGCAAGACAGACAAAGGGAGCAAAGGGAGUUCCGACAGACAUUUCCUAACAAUUAUGAAAGCGAUCUUGUGGGGGUGGAAAAGAUUGUUGACAACUUGGUUGGUCAUUUAGUUGAAAAUGAUAGCAUUCAAAUGGUAUCUAUAUCCGGGAUGGGCGGUAUUGGUAAAUCCACUCUGGCCAGACAAGUUUUUCAUCAUGACAUGGUAAGACGCCAUUUUGAUGGGUUCGCAUGGAUCUGUGUUUCACAAGAGUUCACACAGAAGCAUAUUUGGCAAAGGAUCUUGCAGGAACUUAGACCACAUGAUAAGGCCAUUACACAUGUGGAAGAACUCCAGAGUAAACUCUUCCAGCUAUUGGAAACCGACCGAUACUUCAUCGUCCUUGACGAUAUAUGGAAAGAAGAAGACUGGGAUAGAAGAAAAACAGUGUUUCCGAAGAAAAGUGGUUUGAAGAUGCUAGUUACUUCUCGCAAUGAGGGUGUUGGUUUACAUGCUGAUCCAACAUGUUUUGCCUUUAGACCAAAAAUACUUACUCCCGAAGAAAGUUGGAAGCUAUGUAAGAGGAUAGUAUUCCCUAGAAGAGAUGAAACCGGUACGCUUUCAGAUCUAAUUAAAGUUGAUGAAGGACUAGAAGCCUUGGGUAAUAAAAUGGUUACAUAUUGUGGAGGACUGCCGUUAGCCGUUAAAGUGUUGGGUGGGUUGUUAGCUAUGAAACAGACAGUUACUGAAUGGAAAAGAGUAUGUGACAGUAUUGGACCUCAGAUCAUAGGAGCAUAUCACUUUGAUGACAAAAAUCUCAAUCCAGUUUUCCGAGUAUUGUCUUUGAGCUAUGAAAACUUGCCAAGGUGUUUAAAGCAUUGUUUCCUCUACCUAGCCCACUACCCGGAGGAUUACAAGAUAAAUGUGACUAAAUUGUUUAGUUAUUGGGCUGCAGAAGGAAUUAUAACGUCAUUUUACAAUGGAGCAACCAUUCGAGAUAGUGCAGAAGGCUAUCUAGAAGAGCUAGUGAGGAGAAAUAUGGUUAUUGCUGAAAAGAGCUAUUUGACUACAAGAAUAGAAUACUUUCACAUGCAUGACAUGAUGAGAGAGGUAUGUUUAUCAAAUGCAAGAGAAGAGAAUUUUCUUCAAGUCAUCAAAGUCCCUGAAUCCACCUCUACCUUCAAUGCUCAAUCUUCUAGCAGAGCUCGCCGACUUGCCGUACAUAGUGGUAGUGAUGCCCUACACAUGCUGGGGGAUAAAAAAAAUAAAAAAGCCAGAUCUCUUUUACUGUUGGGAGUUGAAGAAGACUUUUGGAUACAGUCAUCUCCAGGCUCUCGAAGAUUACCAUUGCUUAGAGUGUUGGAUCUCUCUGGAGUAAAGUUUGAGGGAGGGAAGUUACCUUCCAGCAUUGGAAAGCUCAUCCACUUGAGAUUCUUGAGCUUAUUCAACGCAAGGGUAUCUUAUUUACCUUCUUCUCUGCGGAAACUAAAGCUUCUGCUCCAUUUGAACUUAAGUGUUUCUGCGGAAUCAGUUUAUGUGCCAAAUGUUUUGAAAGAGAUGCAAGAACUAAGGUAUCUCUCCUUACCUGCGUCAAUGUGUAAUAAAACAAUGUUGGAACUGGGUGAUCUAGUGCAUCUGGAGACGUUGUGGUUUUUCUCGACGAAACACAGUAUUGUGACGGACCUCCUCUGCAUGUCCAAGCUCAGGGCUCUUUAUGUAUGUUUCACUGACGGGUGUACUUCUGAAUCUCUAACGUCAUCUCUACGUGAAUUGAGAAACCUGGAGAAGCUUAGUUUAUAUGUUUCACACAAAAUCAGCUUGGCUGAUAACGGGGGCGAAUUCGUUCUGGAUUUUAUUCAUCUUAAGGAUUUAGUGUUGUGCAUGCAUAUGCCAAGGUUUCCUGAUCAAUAUCGGUUCCCUCCCCACCUUGCUCACAUAGGACUAUUCGAAUGCCGCAUGGAGGAGGAUCCAAUGUUGGUUCUAGAGAAGUUGCUUCAUUUGAAGUCAGUUGUUUUAACAUUUGGAGCUUUCGUCGGGAAGAGAAUGGUCUGCUCGAAAGGCGGAUUUCCUCAGUUGUGUGCUCUUGAACUAUGUGCACAAUAUGAUUUGGAAGAGUGGAUGGUAGAAGAAGGGUCGAUGCCAUGUCUUCAUACCUUGACUAUAAUUGAAUGCAAGAAGUUGAAGGAUCUUCCGGAUCAGCUCAGAUACAUAACUUCCUUGAAGGAACUGCAGAUGAAGGGAAUGACGACGGAGUGGAAAGUAAAAUUGGUACCCGGUGGGGAGGAUUACUACAAAGUCCAACACAUUCCCAGUGUCCAAAUAAUCAAAUGUGACGACGAAUAAGGAAAUAAACAGUAGGAUCAAAGCAU